AGAGUUUUUGAAACAGCACAGCACUUUAUUCUCCUCAAAUUCGAUACUUUUCUGAGCUUAGAAAGAGGUAAUAUAGAGGGGGGAUAAAAGAAGAAGAAGACGACCCUCUUCACUCUCUCUCUCUCUCUCUCUCUCUCUCUCUCUCUCUUUCCUGUCUCUUUUAUGUCUCCUACAUUGUCUUGUUUCUACACCAGAAUCUCAUAGGUUUACUUCCACGCUUAGAGAAGAAGAAGAAGAAGAACAAGCCUUUUAAGAUUUUUAUUUUUUUAUUUUUAAAGAAACAGUGAGUGUUUUCUUUUGAUUAGACCUCGUGUUUAGAUUCCCGGAACCAAAAUGCCGAGAAAUCGGGGCUCCCUUAAUUGUUCUCUCCUUGUUAGCUGAGAACAGAACAGAACAGAGAGAGUCCUACUUCUUUCUUUCUCUCUCUUCUACUUCUUAUCUACUAUCCAUCGGUUCACUUUAAUUCUUUAAUCUUUGGCCGGAGGAGGAGGAAGCUAGUUAGCCCAAUAUAUUUAUGAGGAAAGAGUCUUGGUUGGUGAAGGAAAUCGGCAGAUCAAAUUUGAUAAGUUACAUUCAAGAUUGAAGCUUUUCACUCAUCCUUGAUGAGUUUUGUGAGACAAUGAGAGAUGACAAUUGCAAGAAAAGCAAGCUUUCUUGGUCUAAGACCCUUGUCAAGAAAUGGUUCAACAUCAAGAGCAAAGCUGAGGACUUUAAUUCAGACGACGUCGUUUACCCAGGUGGUGGUGAUGAAGAAUGGAGGCAAAACUUCUCAGUAGAGAGAGAUGCAGCAUGCGCCACCAUUAAGAAAAGCAAAACAGCAGGGAGGAGGACGACAAGCAGGAAGAACAUAGAUCGUGCCCGCCGGAGUAAGAUUGACUUAGAGUCUUCUCAAAUCACUGAUAUCCAUAAUCAUAGGGUUUUCGUGGCUACUUGGAAUGUUGCUGGGAAAUCCCCACCAAGCAAUUUGAAUCUUGAUGACUGGCUUCAUGCUUCCCCGCCGGCUGACAUAUAUGUUCUUGGGUUUCAAGAGAUUGUUCCAUUGAAUGCCGGAAAUGUAUUAGGAACAGAAGACAACGGCCCGGCUAGAAAAUGGGUAGCCCUAAUUCGAAAAACACUAAACAGCCUUCCGGGCACAAGCGGCGACUAUCGAACCCCUUCCCCUGUUCCUGAUCCAGUAGUUGAACUAGAUUCAGAUUUUGAAGGAGGAUCAACGAGGGAAAAUCCGCCGAAUUUCUUCCACCGUCGUUCUUUUCAUUCCUUGAGUCGUAGUAUGAGAAUGUCGGACAACGAUGUAAUGUAUGUUCAACCGCAACCUAGACUUGACCGAAGAUUUAGUGUAUGUGACCGUGGAAGUCGUGGCCAUACGACAGGAGAGUACUAUGAACGGAAUUGCAGGUGGGAAUCAUCUGACGAUGAAAAUGGGCUUGAGGAUUCACCGGACCCGCCGUCUUACAGAUGGUCUAAUUCUAAUUCCAUGUCGGAAAGAGAUGGGCAGUCAAGGUACUGUUUGGUCGCCAGCAAGCAAAUGGUCGGGAUAUUCCUUACUGUAUGGGUGAAGAGAGAUUUAAGGGAUUAUGUUCGAAACAUGAAAGUUUCUUGCGUGGGCAGAGGAUUAAUGGGUUAUUUAGGAAACAAGGGUUCAAUUUCGAUUAGCAUGUCCUUACACCAAACAAGCUUUUGCUUCGUUUGCAGUCAUUUGACAUCGGGACAAAAGGAAGGAGACGAGCUUCGUAGAAACGCGGAUGUAAUGGAAAUUCUUCGAAAAACGAGGUUCCCUAGAGUUCAUGGAGUUGGGGACGAAAAUGCCCCUCAAACAAUCCUCGAUCAUGAUCGUGUUAUUUGGCUUGGCGAUUUGAAUUAUCGGAUUGCCCUAUCCUAUCGUUACGCCAAAGCACUAGUUGAGAUGCGAGAUUGGAGGGCAUUGUUGGAAAAUGAUCAGCUUCAAAUAGAGCAAAGUUAUGGCCGUGUUUUUGAGGAUUGGAAAGAAGGCCAGAUCUAUUUCCCUCCGACUUACAAGUACUCGAAUAACUCAGAUCAAUAUGCUGGCGACGACUUGCAUCCAAAACAAAAACGAAGAACUCCCGCAUGGUGCGACCGCAUACUAUGGUACGGAAGUGGCCUUCGUCAAAUAUCUUAUGUCCGAGGAGAAUCUAGAUUCUCGGAUCAUAGGCCAGUCUACAGCGUAUUCUUGGUUGAGGUCGAGUCAAUCAAUAGAAAUCGGAUCAAGAAAAGCAUGAGCACCACGAGUUCAAGAAUUGAGGUCGAAGAGUUGUUGCCAUAUUCCAACACUUAUGGGUCAUACAAUGGCCUUAAUUACUAUUGAAAAAGACCCUUAGAGAUGCAAAUUUUAGCCCAUCGGUUCGACCCUAUGUGAUGAUAAAGGUAUGCUGUGUGAUGGCAAUUUGGAUAUUCCAUCUUUAUGGGUGGAAAGAAAGAGUCAUGAUUAAUUGCCUAAAAUCUCCAAUAAGAAACAACUCUCUCAGCACCAAAUUAUCCAACUGGGGGUGAAAAUAAGAACUUCCAAAUUGGAUUGUACUUUUUUGGCUGCAAUGGAGGGAUUGUCCUUUAAAAUCAUGAGAUUUAGGGAGGAAUAAUAAAGUUAGGAGUUUGAUUUGUACAUACUUCAAAUUUAAUGGACAGAAAUGAUAAUUACAAUUUUGUUUA